AUGGUUGCAUUUUUGACGCCGGCGCUGAGAUUUGAGCACCCUCUGGUGCUUGUCUUGGCCGUGGCUGUAACGACGCUUGCCGUCGUCGCCAUCUACCGGACGCUAUGCGCAGACCGAUAUCCACGAAACCUGCCACGCAUAGGGGCUCGGGAAGGAGUCCCAUGGCAGCAAAUGAGAAAAAAAUUUCAGGCUGACUGUCUUGCGGUUUUUGACGACGCGUAUGAGAAUUACUCGAAAAGGGGGCAAUCAGUGCUGAUUCCAGUUUUCGGACCGAACGAUGAGGUGAUUCUCCCGCCGACGUCCCUCCAAUGGCUUGUGAGACAACCCGAAGACGUGGUGAACUCGCUCGCCGCGCAGGUAGACUCCAUUCAGCUCGAACAUAGUCUGGGUUACAAGUUUGCCUACGACCCUUGGGGUGGCAUGCUGAUCAAGAAGGAUCUCAAUUCGGCAAUGGAUGCGAUGUGUGCGAUCAUGAGCGACGAGCUGAAUGCGGCAUUUGAAGCAACUUUUGGCACAGAUACCCAAAACUGGAAAGAGCUCGACCUUUUCCCAACAUGCAGAAUGCUAUCCGGCCAACUUACACAACGGUUUACCGUUGGAGAUUCGCCGGAGGGUCUCAAGCUCGCGAGGGAUAAGUCAUGGGUCCAAAGCUGCUAUAACGUCCUAGACGGCAUGCUAGAUGUGGCUGGUGCUGCCGCAUCAUACAAGAGAUUUCUCAGACCGGUUGUCGCUCAAUGGACCAAAAGGGCUAUGCCUGGCAAGCUUGGUGACCUCAAACAGCGGUUUGAACCCCUGUAUCGAGAGAGAUUAAGCAUCGUUGAACGGAAGGGUGUCAACGAUAACAUACAGGGUCCUAGAGAUUUGUUGGGAAUGAUGAUGGAUUACGCGGUCAACGAACGACCGGAUGAGGCACUUAACCUUGACGACAUGGCGAAGCGGCUUGCUGUGAUGAACUUCGGUACCAUGCACCAAACUGUACUCACGCUGCAUAACCUGCUCCUGGAUGUUCUUGGGUCCGAUCAGGAGUUCAACACGGUGUCGGUUCUAAGGGAAGAGGUUCAGAGGGUCAUGGGUCCUGGUGAUCUUGGCUGCAAGCAGUGGAAUAAAGCCAAGUUCCAGGCGAUGACGCGGGCUGACAGUAUAUGCCGUGAGACGCUGCGCGUGCACACCUUCCUAGGCCGCGCGGUGCAGCGCCUCGUUGUCGGAAAGGAUGGGCUCGUAACAGAAGAUGGCAUCCGUGUACCUCAAGGAGCCAUGGUUUCCAUCCUGGCUCACCAGACACAGACAGAUGCCGACACAUACAAGGACCCGCACAAGUAUGAUCCUUUCCGUCAUUCACGCCGGCGAGAGGCUGCCGCAGAGCCUGGCACAGGGAAACCCGGUCUUCACAACUUGAGCUUCGUGGCUACGUCGGCGGAGAAUCUGCCCUUCAACCACGGCAAGCAUGCUUGCCCCGGUCGAUUCCUGGUGGAAUACGAGUUCAAGCUUAUCAUGGCAUAUGCUGUAAUGAACUACGACAUAGAAUUGCCCGAAAGCUAUGGUGGCAAGCGACCACCAAACACCUGGUUCGCUGGGUUUGGUAUCCCGCCUCUGGAAGCGAAGAUUCGAGUCAGGAGAAGAAGUCCUGGGUGA